UCUGUAGCAGGGUUGGACGAAGUUACCUAGUGGAGUGAAUAUAUUCCUACAUUGGACUGCAUAUAUUCCUACAUCUAAUUUCUUUUGGCCCGAUUAUUUCAAAGUAAAAUGUCAAUUCGAACAAACAAAAUGAAAGCAGUAGCUGUGUUGCUGAAGGAGUUGAUGACAGCAAGGAGCAAAUUUCAUGAAAGAGGAAAAGAUGAAUCAUUUGAUAGGAAGUUGGAGAAGUUGAGGUUAGAUCUGAGCAAGAUAAAGGAUGUGUUUGUUAGGGUGAAGAAGAACGAAGAAGAACUUCUUGACAUAUUAGCAGAGGUGUAUGGCCAUCUGCACAAGUUAGACCGUGAGAAACUGAAUGAAGACAUGGAUGGCAUUUGCGAGAGAAUCAGAGAUUCUGCUCACAAUUUGCUCCCAAAGGAUGCUUUUAAUAUGUUAUCUAAAAUGGAGGAUCACUCAUCAGAAGAAUUGGUGCAGACCCAUCAGAAGAAAAGUUGGACUGCGGAAGAUUUUAACCUACUAGGCCUUCCAUCCAGAUUUUGCAUGUUCUCUCUCCUAAUUUUUCCUGAGAAUGCUGUCAUAAGGAAAAGAAAUGCAAUUCAUUUGUGGAUUGAAGAGGGUUUGAUUACAAAUACAGAGAAGAAAACAGCAGAGGAAAAGGGUGAGGAUGUGAUUCAUGAUCUUUUGAAAUUUAAGGUGAUUGUACGCUAUGGUAGUACAAAGGAUCCCAUUGUCGAUAAAUUUCAAAUUCUUCCUCACGUCCGUAGUCAGUUGAAGUUAUAUUUAGAUGGAGAUUCAGAGUAUAUUAGACCAUCGCGGUUACUUCUUGAUAGAAAAAAGGUUACGGUAGGUGGAGUUGAUACAAAAAAUGUAACUUUGCGUAAUAUUUAUAAUAUUGGUGCAAGUUAUCUGAAUUUUGGACCGCAAUGGGUCAGCGAUCAAUGGAAGAAUUUAGAGGUGCUUCAACUAGGGCGUUGGCAAGAUUCGCCUUUGCAUCACAUUGAAGUUGGGAGCGAAGAAUUCUUGAGAGAGUUGAGAACAAUGAAGCUGUUGAAAUAUCUGAGUUUGCGUGGGAUUUCAAGAAUAUUCGAGCUUCCAUCCUCCAUUGUUGAACUUGAGAACCUAGAAAUUCUUGAUCUGAAAGCUUGCCAUAAUUUGGAGACACUACCUGAUGAUAUUUCAUCAAUGAAAAGUCUGACACAUCUGAUUAUGUCUGAGUGUAGCUUACUAGAAGUCAUGCCAAAGGGGAUUGAGAAGCUCACUAAUCUCCAAGUACUCAAGGGAUUUUUAAUAACUGAAAAAACUCCUUGCAGAAUGUCAGACCUUGUAAAUUUGAGAAAACUAAGGCGACUAAGCAUAAAUAUAGGAAGUGAGGCCAUGAUCAAGGAUGGGGAGUUUUCAAGCUUGAGAAAUUUUCUAACACUGAAGCAUCUCAAAAUAUCUUGGAGUGUGUCUGACCCAAGGUAUUCAAAAAUUGGUGUCAUUUUGCCUAUAAGUUUGACAAAGUUGCAUCUUGAAUGUUUUCCUGGAAAGAGUUUUGAAGAAUGUUUUACACUUCCCGAUCUGAUACCAUGUGAGCUAAAUAUAACCGGAGGAAAACUGGAAACUAUGAGUCCACAAGCUUUACUAUGGAACGUGGAAAUAUUGCGUCUGAAGUACCUUAAGCAAUUGAAUGUCGACAUAAACAAUUUGAAAACAUUCUUUCCUUGGCUGACAUAUAUAGAAAUUAAACAAAUCUCAAAUUAUUCAUACAUUGAGCAUGUAUAUCUGUGA